AUGUCGCUGUCGGUGAUCUUGAACGUCGACCCCAGAGUCGAUUCCCGUCCGCCGAUCUCAGCAUCGCGCGAGAGUGGUCCGUAUGGCUCCACGUUGAGAGGCGGGAACGAUGACUCCGCAGGAGGUCAGGAGAUCGCGACGACCACUGGCAGCAUGGGGACCACGACGCGCGGUCAGAAGAGGGCCGCGAGCGCGUCGCCGGAACCUUCGGGAGCGGAUAGGCCCGUCAAGAGCCCCCGCAUGGAGCAAGGCAGCCGCAUGGCGACACCACCGCCCACACCCCCACAGGCCGCGCCGUCUGCAUCGUCUGUCCGUCCCCGUCUCUGCCCCCGGCCCCUGACAACGGCGGAUCGUCUCGAGCUGCUCUGGCGUCACAUCAACGUCGAGGUUGAUCAGCUCGACGAUCGAGUUCGCGAGCGCCUUGACGAGCUCUUUGACGCCGUCUGGUCGUUGAAGAGGCAGCAGAACGACAUCAACGUCAUCAACAUCGCGACGCAAGCGCAGGCCGCGGACAAUGCCGUCCACAUGCGUGAGCUCCACGAACUGGUCAACGACAUCGAUAACUGCGAGACCUUCAUGCGCGACGACGUGCGCAAGAACGAGGAGCGGACCGCCAAACUCGAGAAGGAAGUCGACGAGCUCAAGGCGAUGCUUAAGGCGUUGCGCCCGCCGGCGGGAGACGACGUUUGA